CUGUGCGAUCAAGUCAUGUCGUUCUUCUCGAGCAUUGCCAACGCCGUCAAGGGCGCCGUGAACGACCCGAACGUCCUCAAUCAAGUCGAAUCCAUCGGAAACCAACUCAUCAACACCCACUUGAACGAUCCCAACGCCACUUCGAAACGCGCGACGCACGCUCCUGCGCCGGAAGAAGCUUGGGAACACACCAAGUACUCCAACGCGAAUUCGACCAAGAAAGCGCUAUUCAUUGGAAUCAAUUACUUUGGCACGGAUGCCGAGCUUCGAGGGUGCAUCAAGGACGUAGAGAACUUGCACCGGUUUGUCAAGGAUCGAUGUGGAUUCCCUGCCAACAACAUGCGCCGUUUGACCGACGACCAGCAAGGCCAUGAUCGCCCAACUCGCGCCAACAUCCUCGCGGGCAUGCGGUGGCUGGUCGAAAAUGCCCGUCCAGGCGAUUCUUUGUUCUUCCACUACAGUGGCCACGGUUCGCAACAAAAGGAUGCAGAUGGCGACGAGGCCGACGGCAUGGAUGAAACGAUCUGUCCCGUCGACUACGACACUGCUGGUAUGAUCACCGACGACGAAAUGCACUCGAUCAUGUGUGCGUCGCUGCCUGCCGGUGUCAAAUUGACGGCGAUUUUCGAUUGUUGCCACUCUGGCUCGGUCUUGGACCUUCCCUUCAUGUACACAGUGGACGGCAACUUGGAAAUCCAUGAGGAUGACCGACGCGCUGUCGGUGCUCGCCAUAUCCUCAACGCUGGGUUGGACUUCUUGCGAGGCAACUCGGAGAAAGCGAAGGCUGACUUCAAGGCUGGCAUGGAUGCGUUCAAUGCGGCACCGACCGAGAAGACAGGGCCUGUUGCUGAACACCGCGUCAAGGACCGCACGACGGCGGCUGAUGUGAUUCUGCUCAGUGGAUGCAAGGAUACCCAAACUAGUGCCGACGCUGUGAUCGAAGGUACAGCCACGGGAGCCAUGUCGUAUGCGUUCAUCGCCGCCAUGAACAAGUACUCGCUGAACCUGUCGUACCAAGACUUGCUCAAGACGUUGCGGGAAUUCAUGAUGUCCGAGUACACCCAGGUUCCGUGCCUGUCGGCUGGGCGGCCCGUGACGAUGAAGGUCCAGUUCUCGCUGUAGAAUAGAAGAUUGCCUAUCCUCCUCAACAGAGAGCGCACCUUGUAUCGUACUCCACCACCCGUCCGCGGCGCAUCCAUGCCGAUGGGUGCGCUCAAUUCCUCGGUAUCCACCAAGGUUCAACCCAUUUGCCAAUUUAAUUACCUGUCGAAAUGACAGUGCCG